UCAGCCCCACAGCUAAUGACAGGGCUCCCAUUGGUUGAGGCGGCGGCCAAUCCGGUGGCCCUCGACAGAAACCCUUUGGCGUUGUUGUUCUUGCUUUUAAUGAUCCAGAGGGGGGCCCUUAAAACUACCGCCCCGUUUGCCUGUUCUAUACAGGGCGGCAGAAAGGUGCAGAGGGGGACAUAACUCAGGCCAGACUACAUCAAGAAGCAGGAGAGCAUAUCAAGUUCACUUCAGCACCAGCUCAGGAAGCCCCUCAUAUCGAAUAUGGCAUCGCGCUCGCUGAUCCAUGCUGGAUUCCUCCUGGCCUUGAUUUUCUUACCAGAGUUCCUUGGGGCCAUACCGCUGGAGCCGCAAAAGGAGGAGGAAGUUCAUGCGGUGACAGAAGAUGUGAAGGCUGAAGUCAUGGCCAACCUGAAAAAACUGGUGCGACAAAGGAGGAACGCACCUGUUGUGGCAGUGCCCCAGUUCCAACGUCUCCCCGACUUCUGGGGCUGGUACAAGUACUUCAUGGACAGUCACAACCAGGAAGGGGUUGAGGAUUUGGACCGUCUGUAUAUGGCGUACCUCCAGAACAAGCAUAGGUCUGAGGAGGGCCCCACCUUUAAUCAUUACCUCACACACCUGAGCGAAAUCUACAAAGCCUGUGCUGACUCUGACGACCCAGAAUGCAUCUCUGAGUCCACCAGCAAGCCCAAGGCGGCUGUAGUGAUGCCAGCCCCCAUCAAGUCCGCCGCUGUCCGGAUGUGCAACCCCUACAUCGACCCAUACUGCCUUUUCCCGUUGACCUCCAAGGCCGCCGCUCCCGAACCGGAGCCGGCCCCUGUUAAGGCGCCUGCCCCUAUCCUCACCCCCAUGCUGCCCAUGCCCCUGAAGAGCCCUACAGGCUUUUACUACUAUGCCCCUGUCCUGGAGCCAUUCCUGAGCCACGAGCAAAAGGCUGAGCUGCUGCGAAUCUGCAACCAUGAGGACGUAGAGUGUCUCCAGUACCACCUGAGGGCAGCGUACGGCUACCGCCCCGCCCCGGGUCCCGCGCCGUCAUACGCUGCCCUCAAAUGCGACCCUAAGGACCCUUACUGCAGGCCAAUCUUGGCACAAAAAGCUCCCUCUGGGUACUAUCACCUACUCAGCCCAAGCUGCGACCCUGCUGUGGAUCCUCUUUGCGUGGGCGACGUCGCACCCGCCGGCCUGGCUGCUGACUCGGCGCCUCAGGAGCAGCACUGUAACCCGUUGUUCGACGCCGGCUGCAACCCGCUGACCGCCACCAAGCUGUCUAGCCUUACCAAGCCUGUGCUGGAGUACACCGCAAAAGGCCAACCCGCUCACGUCGCCGCUCCCCUGACCUGCGACCCCCGCUAUGAUCCCUACUGCAUACUUAAAGUCGCCGCUGCCCUGCGCAAGCCCCAACCACAGCUCCCAGAGCAACAGGUCCGCUACAAGCUGGGCAUCCCCGGCAAGACCAAGGAGGGCUACGAUUGCUAUGUGCACUAUGACAAAGACUGCACCCCGACACAGCCUCAGCUAAAAGCCAAGGCUCUGACCGAGCCCCGCUGCCACCCCUUCGACCCCACCUGCGGGAAGUUUUCGGCACCUGCCGCAGUCCAAGCCCGGGGAACCGGCCAGGGCGACAUCAUCUUUCCCGACCCGGACUGCGACCCUGAGCUUGACUACAACUGUCGACUGCGCCGAGCUGAUGCUUCUGAUGAGAAAGUGGCGGAAAAGCUCGCCAAAGAACCUAAGAAGGCCACAAAAUCCAGCGUUCGCUACUAUGACUUCCUUCGUGGCCUCAUGAGCCAGCGCAAGUAGAGACAAAAUAACCUGAAACAACAACAAAUGUGAGUUUUCAUAAAUCGGCCGCAUGGUCAAGGGAUUAAAAGUUGUGUUUAAGUUUGCUAAAAAGAGGUCAUUGUAUGUAUGUUUGUAUUUAGCAGGUAGGGUUAGCUUUCAGCAUGUGUUGUACAUUCCUUUGUAGAGUGACUCAAAGCGUAUUUAAUGUUUUCAAUU